AAUAGAAGCGAUAAUUUUCGAAAGAAUUGUUCUUGUUUGGCUUGGAAGCUCAGUUAGAAUCGAGCUACAAGAAGGAAGACAUCUCACGAAAAUAACUGUGCUCAUAAAAAUUCAAAAUGAGAACAUUGAUUAUUUUACUGUCCCUAGUGUGUUGGUCCAGUGCUUUCAAUUACAGCCUUCCAUCUGCAAAUUGGUUCAGAGCGCAGGAAAUCUGUGCCACCCAAGGACAGAGGCUCGUUUCGAUUGAAUCCCUGUUUAAGCAGAACGAGGUCGUUUCGUUCAUGAAACGAUCGGGCAAGCUUGUUCCGGAUAGCCAAUUUUGGAUUGGGGCCAGUGAUCUAGCUGGAUUCGGAGCCUAUUCCUGGGUGGAUACCGGAGUGGAGAUGGACUACGCCAAUUGGGCUGAAGACGAACCGAACGCAUCGCAUAAUAUGGACACGUGUGUCGAGAUGCUGUAUCAACAGUCGGAGGCCGAAAAUUUCAAAUGGAAUGAUAACAAUUGUAAAAACUUGAAUUAUUUUGUUUGUGAGACUAUUCCUUGUCAAUGUCCACUAGAGUAAACUAUGAAUGAAAUUAUAGAAAAAAAAAACUGUCUGAAUUUAACAAAUUGUUGUCCAUUUGUAUAUAUUGAUGUCAAUAUUGUCAUUUAUAAUAUUUUAUCUUAAGGUUGCCAG